AUGGAUUUCAUCGACUUGGGUCCUGAUAUGGCUGAGCCCGAGGAUUUCUGUCGCCUCAUCGCGCAACUUCAUCAAAACAGUACAUCUCCAAUGGCAAAAUUCGGCUUCUUCCAGACCACCUACCACGGACCUAACCCGCAAAACACGACCUGGAAGGGCAGUUGGUGCACCUAUUUCACCAGGCUGCUGACUCAAUUCUAUAGACGGGAGAUCAACCAAAACGGACCACAAGCAGAAUACGAGACUGCCUACCAGAAAUUGGUUUCCGACGUCGUACCACAGCUCCUCGAGCCUCUGCAAUCCGACAGCCGUAUCAAGAAACCCUGCCUGAUCCACGGGGACCUGUGGGAAGAGAAUACCAGCCUCAAUCUCAAUACCGGAUUACCUGUCGUGUUUGACCCCAGUGCAAUGUAUGCUCACCACGAAAUGGAGCUGGGCAUGUGGCGAGUCGAUGUUGUACGGUUCGGAAAGCCAUACUAUGACCAAUAUCUCAGCCACAUGCCACCCAGUGAGCCUGCUGAGCAGUUCGACGAUCGCAAUCGAUUGUAUAGCAUCAAAUUCAAAAUCGCUCAUUGCCUGGGUUGGUCAGAUUACGCGCCGAGUCACCGUCAAUGUUGA